GCCGACAAACGAGGUGUCCUUGAGGAGUUUUAGAUAGUUAUGGCAAAACUUGUGUUUGAUUAUACUCUUAAAUUUGGUUAUGUAUUGAGAAUUUAAUCAUACCUUACAGUUCACUGGCCGAACAAACGCUAAACCCAUGAGUUCUGUGAGCGGCCGACGUCACACUGCUGCGAAAAAUAGCAAUGGAAAUGAAGCGGUGCAGGGAUUUGUCCAGAAGGUGUAUUCCUCCGAUGGACGCCUUCAUGAUUCCCUGGAGGAAGAAAUGAUUGCCUUCCUCACUGACGAUGAAGCCCAACUGCACACAUAUGAUGAUCUCACCAAAGUCAACCCAGUGACACCAACAACAGUUCUGCUAUGCCUGCAGGCCAGAUAUGGAAUGAAGGUGUUUUACACCCACGCUGGCUGCACCUUGGUGGCUCUUAACCCCUUCCGGUCUGUUCCUGACCUUUACUCCCUGGAUACGAUGACAGGCUAUCACUGUACUCCCAAGCUGAAGGAGUCCAAGCCACAUAUCUUUAUCGUGGCAGAGGAAGCUUACAGAAAUGUUAAGGGUCAGUUGGCGCCUGUGGACCAGUCCUUGGUGGUCAGUGGGGAGAGCGGUGCUGGGAAGACAUGGACUUCUCGCUGCCUGAUGAAAUACUACGCCACAGUUGCAACCUCCUCCUCCCUGUUGGAGAGUCAGGACACUGUAGAGAAGAUAGAGAGGAGAGUUCUGGACUCCAACCCCAUCAUGGAAGCUUUUGGCAAUGCGUGCACACUCCGCAACAACAACAGCAGUCGCUUUGGAAAGUACAUCCAGCUCCAGCUUGACAGGUGUCAGCUGCUAGUCGGGGCAUCUGUGCAAACAUAUUUACUGGAGAAGACCAGAGUGGCCUGCCAACCUGCUAAUGAAAGGAACUUCCACAUCUUUUACCAGAUGAUGAAAGAGGGCACUGACGCGCAGAGAAAGGAGUGGAAUAUACCACAUGGACACCGCUUUGUGUGGCUGCCAAAUGUUGAAAAGAGCAUAGAAGAGGAUUCUUUCCACGAGACUGUUGACGCUAUGGUCCACAUGGGUAUUAACACCGAGAGGCAGAGACAGAUAUUCAGGAUAUUAGCGGGUCUUCUACAUCUGGGGAAUAUGAAAUUCUUCCUUUCAGCAGAUGAAUCACAGCCAUGCACCAUAAAGGAACAGUCCAAAGAGUGCUUGCAGAGAGCUGCUGAACUAUUGCAAUUGGCUGCAGAUGAGCUUGAGAUGUGUCUAAGUGUGAGGACUCUCAAAGCAGGCAAACAUAGCAUACACAAGCCUUGUUCCCAGGCGGAGUGUUGCGUGAGGAGAGACUGCCUGGCCAAAGUCAUCUAUGCCCAAUUAUUUGAAUGGCUUGUGACAUUUAUCAACAACAGCAUUUGUGCUGACAAAUCCACUUGGUGCAACUUCAUAGGUGUUCUAGAUGUUUAUGGCUUUGAAUGUUUCCAAACCAACAAUUUGGAGCAACUGUGUAUCAACUAUGCCAAUGAAAAACUGCAGCAGCACUUUGUGGCUCAUUAUCUUCGAGCUCAGCAGGAGGAAUAUGUGUCAGAGGGAUUGCAGUGGUCCUUCGUCAAAUAUCAAGACAACCAGUGCUGUUUGGACCUUCUCGAAGGAAGCCCUAUCAGUGUGUUUUCUCUUCUCGAUGAGGAGAGCCGCCUUAAUCGAGCCUCUGACGCCAAGGUACUCAGGAUUCGUUUGGAGAAAGAGCUAAGUGAUAACGGCAGCAUCAGCUGGGAUAAAUUCAGCAAGGUGCCACACUUUACUGUGGCCCAUUAUGCUGGCAAAGUCAACUACAAGAUACAAAGCAUGGUGGAAAAAAACAAGGACCCAGUGGCACCUGAGAUCAUCAGUAUACUUCAGAAGUCUGGCAAUUGCCUGCUUCAGCAUAUUUUUAUAGAAAAAGAGAGCGAGCAUUCACCAAACAUAGCCCUCAGUAAAGUCACUGUAGUCUCCAAGUUCAAGAACUCCCUGGAGCGCCUCAUGAGCAUCCUGCACACCACCACUCCUCAUUACACGCGCUGCAUUAAACCCAACUCCGACUGUAAGCCGUUCAUCUUCAAAAAAGAGGAGGUGAUCAUACAGUUGGAGGCUUGUGGGAUAGUGGAGACCAUUCAUAUAAGUGCUGCUGGCUUCCCUAUUAGAAUUCCCUUCAAGUGCUUCAUUCAACGCUACGGAGCCAUUUUGCAAUGCUCAAACAUCAAGUCACAAACUCCUAAUCUUGCCCAGGUUGGAAGCGACAUCGACUUUCUUCUGCAGGAGGUGCAGAAGGUCCUUGACCUGGUGUUUCAACACUCAGCACACAAUGUUAAAGGGGAACACAAAUCUUUGGUGCACUGUGGAAGAACUAAAGUGUUUCUCACACAGUUAAUGCUAGAUUUAUUGGAAGAUAAGAGGAAGACGAUCCUCUCAAAGUGUGCCUUCUCCAUUCAGUGCUGCUGGAUGCGUUACCAGCGCCGCAGACGCCAUGAGCGACAUCAUUCUGCUACUCUGAUCCAAGCAGUGGUGAGGUCUUGGCUUGUAAGGAGGAGGGUCCAGAGAUGGGAUAGAGCAGCCGCAUCUAUUCAGAAAUCCUGGAGGAAGUGGAAGGCACUCCUGAAGUGUUUAGCUGAGGCCGAGCUGGAUAAUGCAGAGGACUUCAUGUCAGAAGAUACCCCUGUGAUUAGGGAACGGGGCUCAGUGCAGCUCUCAACCAUCCAGGAACCCGUUAUGGUCCAGGGCUGGCCCAUGGGGCUGGCUUUGGCGUCUGCCCCUUCCAUCACGGUGUCCCUAACGGCCACAGGAUUCCAGAAGAUGAAGUCUGUGGUGGCUUCCCUAAAACUGCCCUCCAGGAGAGGAGAAUAUAAGGUGGAGACCAACCAAAACAUGCAGGGGGUCGCCUCCAUUAGGGCUCAACCAAAGGGAUCUGUAAAACUGCACUGCCAGCGGUCGCCCCUUCUCUACGCAGACAUGCAGCCUGAGCUGAGAAACGGCGUGACAGGCUUCAAUGAAAUCCUGCUCGAGAAGACUCUAUAGCAGGAGAGUGCAAACUUUGUCCACUUUCAUACAUCGUGUGCGCUAAAAUGCUAAAACCAAUCCAAUUUAGGUCAAUAUACAGCAGCUGAAAUAAGUAUUUAACACAUUGUUCUCACUAAUUAUAUUUCCAAAGUGCUAUUGACAUAAAAAAUUCACCAGAUGUUGGAAACAACCCAAGUAAUACAUACAUACAUACAUACAAAGAAAGAAGAACAAAUAAGACAAGAAAUUAAGUUGUUAUAAUGUGAAAUGACACCGGGAAAAAGUAUUGAACGCGCCAACUGGUUUUAUGCAAUACUUUGUACAAAAGCCUGUUUGCCUACGGUAUGGAGAAACUAGUUGCAUGCUUUCCUCCUCCACACAAGUAGUUGGCUGUAUGAUUUGAAUUAUUAUCCUGCUGGAAUGUCCACCCUUGUUUCAUUUUCAUCAUCUUCGUAGAUGGCAGCAGAUUCUUGUCAAGAAUGUCUCGGUAUAUUUGCCCAUUCAUCCUUUCUCCAACAAUGUGAAGUUUACCAGUACCUGAAAUGCAAACUACACCAUCAUGUUCCCACCUCCGAACUUCACUGUUGGUAUGUUUUUAGGAUGAUGUGCAGUACCAUUUCUCCUCCCAAUUAGGUGUGCAUUAUGGCAUCCAAACAGUUCAAUUAUGGUUUCAUCAGACCAGACUAUAUUCUCCCAGUAUUUAACAGGCUUGUCCAAAUGUUGUUCAGCAAACUUUAAACAAGCUUUGACAUGCUUUUUUUUUUUUAGCGAUGGGGUCUUGGGUGCAUACAGGCCAUGGUGGUAGAGUGCAUUACUCAUUGUUUUCCUUGUGACAACAGUACCUGCUAAUUACAGGUCUUUUUUUAAAGCUCUCCACGGGUGGUCCAUCCAUCCAUCCAUUUUCUACCGCUUAUUCCCUUCGGUGUCACGGGGGGCGCUGGAGCCUAUCUCAGCUACAAUCGGGCGGAAGGCGGGGUACACCCUGGACAAGUCGCCACCUCAUCGCAGGGCCAAUCCACGGGUGGUCGUUGGCUCUUAUUAUUCUUUGCACUCCUGUUCGAAAUUUUGCAAGGAGUACCUGAUCGAGGCAAAUUUAUUGUGGUAUGAUUGGCUUUCCACUUACCGGUACGUAUUAUGGCCCCAACCGUGCUCACUGGAACAUUCAGAAGCUUAGAUAUGCGUCUACAACCAAUGUCAUCGUUCUGUUUUGCAAUUAAUUUGCGAUAGUCUUGAGACAGCUCUUUGCUCUUACCCAUCAUUAGAUGUGUCUUGACAUAUUAUCACGCACAACUUGAGUUCUGAGCUUAUUUCUUCUACUUUCAUUGUAAGGAUUACUUGGAUUGCUCCCAACAUCUGGUGAAAUGUUCUAUUCAACAGCACUUUUUGAAAUAUAUUUAGCGAGAAAAAUGGUGACGUGUUAGUUAUUUCAGCUGCCAUAUGCUAUCUGAACAAAACAUCCACAUAUUAGCUUUGUGUUGGUGACAAAGCAAAUUAGUUGAAUAUCUUAUCAUAUUCCUCAUAAUGAAUUUAUUAUUUUUUUAUAUAAUGUCUCACGUUGGACAGCCCUGCUCUAUACUUACACUAUAGUAUGAAAUGUUUCUUGUAGUAAAACAGCCAGUCCCUCCAGGACUUCGCGAUGUUGCGAUCGUGACAAUUCAACCAUCCACCCAUCCAUUUUGUGUCGCUCGGCCCUUUCAAGGUCGCCUUGGUGGGGUUCGGGAGAUUCGGAUGGAGCCUCUGAGCCGCACUCAAACUCGUGCAUCAACUCUCUAAUCAAAAGCAAAUCAUCUACUUUUGAUAUUAAUGGAAUGCCACAAGUAAUAUUUGAAUGAUUGCAUGUAGAGUGUAUGUUUGUGUCCCAUGUGAAGGGAUGAGUUGAGUUUAAGAUGACGUCAGUGCUGCCUUCAAAUGAGUCUAUGGCUCUGAUUUGUGUCAUUGUUAAAAGCUACACAUAUCACUCAGGGGCUGUUAUAUGAUUCACUCGCACACUGUAAACCUAUUACGGUAUUUUGCUUUUGUAUAUUAGCACCAAAAUACAGUACCCGUAUUGCAUGUGUUGCACAGCAAAAGCAAAGAUUGCACAUUCAGAGAACACACCUGUUCAAUUAUAGCAAUGUGCAUUUCAAUCAUGGAGAAAAAAAUGUUGGGGUUUAAAAUAACUGCUGCUUUUAAAUAUGCACACCGUGGGAAUAUAUGCAAAUAUUGUUUUACACUUGUAUGUGAGUAAAGUUUUUUUGUCAAAUUAAAUGGAUUUUCUUUUUUGUAAUUUAAAUACACUGCAGUACUGUAGGUUAUUACUAAACAUACAGACACAAUUGUAAGGAUGUCUGUCUGGUGUGUGUACACAAAAGAUUAUAACCAAGAAAAUGAACCAUGUAAUUUUUAUUUGCUUUGAUAAAAACGUGUUGUCAUACAUUCAACAACAAUGCCUUAUGUGCAUCCUCUUAUUUUCUAUACAAAAUACAAGUGUGCUCCCCAAGACAAAAUCCAAUAAAUACAGUACAGAUUUACCAGUCCAU